GCCUGGAGCCUGUUUCCGAUUCUGUGUCUCCCUCUCUCUCUGCCCCUCCCCCGUUCAUGCUCUGUCUCUCUCUGUCCCAAAAAUAAAUAAACAUUGAAAAAAAAAUUCACUGUCAUGGCUCAGAUGGUCCAGGAUCUGGAGAGCCCUCAGGCUGGUGGCAGAGAGAAGCUGAAGAUCAUACCUGAGAUCCCAGCCAUGGUUGGAGGCCAACAUUCGGUUCACCACUGAUCUGAAUCCCAGCCCUGCCACAUUCUAACUGUGUGGUCAUAAGCAAGUAGCUUAGCUUCUUGAGGCUCAGGUGCCUCAUGUGAACAAUGGAGAUAUGAGCACCUUCAUUGGACGGUUGUUGUGAGGAUGGAUAAGUUCAUGCAUAUUCCCCAAAGGCUCAUAGAUUGUACUUGACAAAUGUGAGUUGUCUGUCACUUUAGUUCCUCCAGAACAUAAGCCUCCAGUUCUUUCCUGCUUCUCAACCUGUUCUGGUUAUCUAGUAAUAUGUUCACAUAUGCUUUGCCAUGUAAGCCCCACCUCCCUUGCCACACAAUCAAUCCACUUGGAGUGAUGAGAAGUGGCUCUCAUUGUGCACGCACAUGGCUCCUCAUGGCAUGAGUAUGAUCAGUCUUUUGUCUUCUGUCCCACAGGAUUCUUACUCAUGCUCUCUUUUUAUUGCCUUCACCACAACCCAAAGGUGUGGCCAAACCCAGAGGUAUGAUGGCCUGGGUAGGAGGGGAUGGGAUGAUCUCUCCAGACACAUCCAUCUUCCCCAUCCCACUUCUGGGUAGUCUGUGUGGUGGUUGGUUGAUAGGAAAGAGAGACUUGACUACACCUGUCCUGUCCCUGGUGUUCCCUCUGCAGAUGUUUGACCCUUCACAGUAUGCACCAGGUUCUGCUCGACACAGUCAUGCUUUCCUGCCCUUCUCAGGAGGAUCAAGGAACUGCAUUGGGAAGCAGUUUGCCAUGAAUGAGAUGAAGGUGGCGGUGGCCCUGACCCUGCUCCGCUUUGAGCUGGUGCCAGAUCCUUCCAGGGUCCCUGUUCCCUGGCCAAGAAUUGUGUUGAAGUCCAAGAAUGGGAUCCACCUGCAUCUCAGGAAGCUGCUCUAACCCUGUGCAGACAAGGAUGAGUCCUGAGGCUCUCCCGCCUGCCAUCCUGUCUUCCUGUCCGUCUCCCCUGUCUCCUGUCUUCUGUCCCCCUCCAGCCUCCCUGAUAGCCUCCUCUUGCCAUCAGAGUGUCUGACCUUCUCUGUCUCACCCUUUGCCAGGUUUCCUAUUUACUCAUCUUUUACCUUUUUCCUAUCUAUGUGAAUCCCUGCCUGUCCACUUAACCCAAUGCCUGCUUGUCCCCUACCUUGCUUUCCUCUGUAUGUCUUUCUCCUUUUGUACCUGUUUGGUUGUCCCUAUAUUAUUUUUUUCUGGCUGCCAAAAUAAUUUACCAUAGCCUUAGUGACUUAUAAUAAUAUCAAUUUGUUCUCUUACAGUUCUGGAGUUGAAAUUCUAAAAUUGAUUUUGCUGGAAAACGGCCAAGAAGUUGGUACAGUCACACUACCUCCAGGCUUUAAGAGAGAAUCCCCCUCUGCCUGUUCCAGCCUCUAGCUGCAUUCCUUGUGAUCUUUGGCUUCUGGAGCCUCCUCUAUAUUCAAAUUCAGCAGUAUCUUUCAAUGUUUUUCUGCUUCUGUAUUCAUAUCACCUUCUCUUCCAUAAAGUUUUUGUGAUUGUAUAGCCCUGCUCGGAUAAAACAGACCUAUCUCAGGUUCCAGGACAUGGACUUGGGGAACCAUCAUUCACCCUGCUUAGUUUCUGUGUGAUUGCUAUUGGUCCAUGCUCCCAGCUCUUUCCUGUGUGUUACCUGCAUUCUUGUUUGUCAUUAUUCAUAUACCCUCUUCUUUUUUCCUCCCUGGAAUAAAGUUCUUAAUGUUGUA